AUGGCCCAACCAAAUGGGUUGUCCAACCCAAGAAGAAGCAGCCACCUUGUGCACACAAACGCAGACAAAAACAGAACCAAAAGCCAUCUCUCCACCAAAACGCACUCCUACAAGUCCACCGUCUCUCACCAGUCACCUUCAAAUUCCCAAUUCCCAAUUUCCAAAUUCCAAUUCCGAUCGAAGCGUUUUCCAUCCACAGGGGAUAUGUGGCAUCAAAUGCCAAUAGUUCUAGGUCCGCAGCAGAGAUAA